CGGUCCAGGGCCAGCCCAGUCGCCGCCGCCCGCGCACAAAGCCACAGGCAGGUGCAGGCGCUGCCGAGGCGCGAGCGGGCAGAGCCGAGCCGUUAGCGCGCGCCGUCCGUGCGUCCGUCCGCUGAGGCAUCCGUCCGUCGGCGCGCCCGGCUCCCGCCCAGGCCCAGCGGCCGCGGCCCCUCGUCGUCCCGCACCCUGAGCCGCCCGGCGGAGCCGGCUUUGGCGCGGCAGCCAUGUCCAUGGGCCUGGAGAUCGCCGGCACCUCGCUGGCCGUGCUGGGCUGGCUGAGCACCAUCGUGUGCUGCGCGCUGCCCAUGUGGCGCGUGACGGCCUUCAUCGGCAGCAGCAUCAUCACGGCGCAGAUCACCUGGGAGGGCCUGUGGAUGAACUGCGUGGUGCAGAGCACCGGCCAGAUGCAGUGCAAGGUGUACGACUCGCUGCUGGCGCUGCCGCAGGACCUGCAGGCGGCCCGCGCCCUCAUCGUCGUGUCCAUCCUGCUGGCCGCCUUCGGGCUCCUCGUGGCGCUGGUGGGCGCCCAGUGCACCAACUGCGUGCAGGACGACACGGCCAAGGCCAAGAUCACCAUCGUGGCGGGAGUGCUCUUCCUGCUGGCCGCCGUGCUCACCCUGGUGCCCGUGUCCUGGUCGGCCAACACCAUCAUCCGGGACUUCUACAACCCGCUCGUGCCCGACGCGCAGAAGCGCGAGAUGGGCGCCGGCCUGUACGUGGGCUGGGCGGCCGCGGCGCUGCAGCUGCUCGGGGGCGCGCUGCUCUGUUGCUCCUGCCCGCCGCGCGAGAAGAAGUACGCGCCCGCCAAGAUCGUCUACUCGGCGCCGCGCUCCGCCGGCCCGGGCACCAGCACAGCCUACGACCGCAAGGACUACGUCUGAGGGGCAGCCGCGGGGACAGCCCGGCACCCCUCGGGCUGGAGCGCCCACCAGUCCGGCGUGCGGCCUCCCAUCGGAGACCAGCCCACCCCGCACGCUGGGAGCUCGCGCACUGGACUGGGAGGGACCAGCCCGGCGGCCCCCUCCGCAGCUGCACGCCCCCCGCUGCCCCCCAGCCCCCGGGCCGGCGAGCGGGAGCGCGGCGCGGGGGACCAGCCCGCACGGACAGUGAAACCUGGCUCCUCCGGAGCGCGCGGCUGCGGUGGCCGCCGCUGCUUGCCAGCCCCGUCGGGCCGCGGCCCCGAAGCCCGCGUUGGGCAGGGACCCGCAGUCUUGAAAAGGGCCAGUUGAUGUUUUUCAAUAAAAGCCUUUCGUUUUG